CACCAGCCAUUUCAGAGAGCUGGAGAUUUUAGGUGGCUUGCUUCAACAGUGUUUGAACGGAACCUUAAGUCUACGCUUCCCCGUCUUCGACACUACAGCAAAUUUGAAUUUUGUUUUGUUCACGUCUUGUCUGACUUCAAACUACGACCCGACCACCUACAAUGGAGUCCCAGAUUCGCCAGAACUACCACCGUGACUGCGAGGCAGCCGUCAAUCGCAUGGUGAACAUGGAGCUGUUUGCGUCCUACACGUACCAGUCCAUGGCUCACUAUUUCUCCCGCGAUGAUGUCGCUCUGAAGGGCUUCUCCAAGUUCUUCAAGGAGCAGAGCGAGGAGGAGCGGGAGCACGCGGACAAGCUCCUGUCCUUCCAGAACAAGAGAGGAGGCCGCAUCUUCCUGCAGGACAUCAAGAAACCUGAGAAGGACGAGUGGGGCUCUGGGCUGGAGGCUCUGCAGUCGGCUCUGGUGCUGGAGAGGAACGUGAACCAGGCUCUGCUGGACCUGCACAAGAUCGCCUCCGAGAAAACCGACCCACACAUGUGUGAUUUCCUGGAGACUCAUUACCUCAACGAGCAGGUCGAAGCCAUCAAGAAACUGGGAGACCACAUCACCAACCUCAAGAAGAUGGGAGCACCCAGCAACGGCAUGGCCGAGUACCUGUUCGACAAGCACACCUUGGAGGGCAGCAGCUAAAUCCAGCCUGGGGAUCCACCCACAACAGCAGGCCGCGACAACAGGCUGCAAGCCAAAUAAUUCAAAUUUUGUUGGUGUUUUACAUUUCAAAAUCUGUCUUGUGAACCUGCUGUUUUUACAAGUGCCAAGAUAAUUUAUCAUGAGUUUAAAUAAGAACAAAGUGGAGCAAAAUAAAACUUAAGCAUUAA